CUUUCCAGGCGUAUAGACCAUAAACUGAUGCGGCAGGACAGCACCAAGUCUCUACUCAUUAAGACUGAACAGCUGCUGAGGAUCGAGGAGCACGACUUCGCUAUGAGACCUGGCUUUGGAGGUGCAGCCAUCCCUGUAGGCAUUGAUGUGCAGGUGGAGAGCAUCGACAGCAUUUCAGAGGUCAACAUGGACUUCACCAUGACUCUGUACCUGCGCCACUACUGGAAGGAUGAGCGGCUGGCGUUUCCAUCUCGUAGCAACGUGAGCAGGACAUUUGAUGGGCGUCUGGUGAAGAAGAUGUGGGUUCCUGACGUGUUCUUCGUCCACUCCAAGAGGUCCUUCAUCCAUGACACCACCAUGGAGAACAUCAUGAUCAGGGUCUAUCCUGACGGAAGCAUACUCUACAGCGUCAGGAUCACAGUGACUGCUCUCUGCUCAAUGGACUUCAGCAGCUUCCCUCUGGACACACAGAACUGUUCACUGGAACUAGAGAGCUAUGCGUAUAAUGAGAAUGAUCUGAUGUUGUAUUGGAAGAAUGGCAACGACUCUCUGAGGACAGAUGAGAUGGUUCUCUCUCAGUUCUUCAUCAAGAAGUUCCACCCUUCCAGUGGGCUUGCCUUCUACAGCAGUACAGGUUGGUAUAACAGGUUGUAUAUAAACUUCAUCCUGAGGAGACAUAUCUUCUUCUUCAUGCUGCAGACAUAUUUCCCCACCAUGCUGAUGGUUCUGCUGUCCUGGGUCUCCUUCUGGAUUGACAGGAGAGCUGUGCCUGCACGUGUCUCCCUAGGUAUCACUACAGUACUGACCAUGUCAACCAUCAUCACUGGUGUGUCCUCCUCCAUGCCACAGGUGUCCUAUGUGAAGGCAGUGGACAUCUACCUGUGGACCAGCUUCCUGUUUGUGUUCCUGUCAGUGAUAGAAUAUGCUGCUGUCAACUACUGCUCUACGCUAGAGGAGAUGAGACGACUGAAGAGAGGAAAGCUCCCAACCUCGUACAACACCAGCAAAGCCAUGGCCUUCGACGGCUGUUUCCAUGACAGUGACAUUGAGCUGACCCCGUUCCCCCGUCUGCCAACCUCCAUGACCUCCAGCCAUCACAGAACUCCACUCCAGAACCCUGAGGACCCACCCAUCGAGGGGACACGUCUCCGCCGGCAACGGUCGGUGCAGGAGAACGUGGAUCUGCUACUUAGCAACAGCUACUUGAUCGACUCGUACUCCCGCAUGGCCUUCCCUCUGUCCUACCUCCUAUUCAAUACCAUCUACUGGAGUAUGUACUCCUCCUGAGGGACCCUACUGAGUAUAGUGCUGGGACCCUACUGACUAUAACUCCUUCCGAGGGACGGUCCUACUGAGUACUGGGACCCUACUGAGUAUGUACUCCUCCUGAGGGACCCUGCUAAGUAUAGGGACUUUACGGAGUAUUGACCACCUAGGGGAGGGACCUUACAUGGACUUCUCCUGUCGGAAUCUACUGAGGAUACUACUGGCACCCUAUGGAGUAUGGACUCCUACUCUGGGGAAGUGUAUAAUACUGGAACCCUACCAAAUUCUAAAGGGCACUUUUCUGUGUGUAAUCCAAUAAUAAUGUAUGUAGCCCUUAAUCUGCCCAGACUAAAACAAUAAAUGGUGGUCACUGCCAAUUAAGGAAUAUUAACAGAGGAGAACAUUUACUAUAGCUAAUUGUUGAGUGAUUUAUGAUUUUCAG